AUGCAAUCUAUUGAUAUUGAAGAUAAUAUUAAUAAUAAUAAGUUGGACUUGACCCUGUUGGCAAAGGAGAAGUUGUUGGUCGAGGCAGAGUUGGUGGCAAAGAACACUUUCUCAGACUACCCUGGUGCUAAAUCAAGUUUGUUCGUACAUACCGCAGAUUGGUCCGGUGAAGGCCGUGUGCCCCAGCGCACAGGCUUCAUCGAGCCAAUCGGAUUCGUCACAAGAGUCACAUCCAGAGAGGGCAUCCUCGGCGAGAGAUGGGAGUCCGCCGACAACAUUGCCCUGAACGACAGGCAAGAUGUGCUGCCACCUGCCGAUCAGCGUGGCGUCCGUAGCAAUCCAGGUGUUAUUCACUGGGCUGGUGGUGAGACGAUCUACAACUUGACCACUGAGGAGGACCGUAUGUGCUCGAUGCAGUCCAAACAUGACCAGACUCAGCUCAUUGCCCAGAUCGUGCCAUUCAUGGUCGAGCCAGAGGUCGGAGGUUGCUUCCCCUACGUCUGUGCCGAGAACACAUUUGUAACUCAUGCGCCAUACAUGGCCACUUCAAUGGGCAAUGCCUUCUUUGAGGUGUGGCAGGCCAACGAGAAUGGGGUGGAGCAGUGGAGAGAGAAGGACCUUGCCAAAUGGUGGAAGGGUGACCCGACCAAGAAGUACACAUUUGGCAGAUUCGAUCGCCGUCCAAUCAGGAUUGUCGUGCCCAAGGAUGCCACACUCAUAUGGCAGGACAAGUUCAUUCAGCCAUUGACCGAGGGCAUUGCCAAGAUCACCAGUUCAUUCACUGCCGAGCUCAACAAGUUCACAUUCACCUGUCCACUCCAGGGAUUCGUUGUGGUCAAGAAUGGCCAGGUCACCAUCCAUUUCGAGAUCAUUAACUUUGAGAUCGUCCUUGGUGAGUGCGGCACUACUCUCACACCAUGGCCAAUCCAUGCACUUGCCAACCGUGUCUUGAUUUCUGGUGCCAUUGAGAACUUGGAGACCAGUCCAAUCUCAGAGGUCGCAGUCUUCCAGCAAGAGUUGGCAAGAUACAGGGACUCGUGCGCACAGGUCGUCCAGGCCAAGACAUGGGCCAUCUGGACAUUGGAGCGUGUUGUUGAGAUGUACACUGCCCUGCGCACUGGUGUCGUCACCGAGAACAGUCCAUUCAUCGUCCGCAAGAUUGAUUACUCCAAGGUCUACCGUCCAAAAGCCAACAAGAUCAUGGAGAACUUGUCCAAGGGCAGUGGCUUUGCAGUUAUCUCUGGCAACACUCAAUGGGAUGCACUGUGUGAGUCCAUGAAGCUCAAGGGUGUGAGCACAUCACCAAUGCCCGUGGCCAACUGCAUGCAGUACAACAGAUUCGUCUAUGGCAAGAGCUUUGGAACUGGCAUGGGUCACAUCGACAACCUCUUCCUCUAUGACUAUGGUGGCGACUGGACAAUGCCAGCCAUCCGCAAGUGGAUCGCCGGAAUGGGACAACGCAUUGCCGAGGUCCACUCCACCGGAGAGGACUGUCUCAAGUCUUGCAUCGAAGCCACCUGUCUCAGCUAUGAGUUUGUUCGUGCCAAGAAGCGAUACGAGGACAACAUGCGUCGUUCUGGUGUGCAUCUGACCAACGUGUGCUCUUGGAAGGACUUGACAGAGAUGCUCCACUACCGUGUGAUCGACGCCGUUUUCCUCAAGUCGACGACCACCUCCAGCAUGGAUGAUGAGGCAUACUAUGUCAUUGGAUUCGCCACAGUGAUGCACGACCUCACCGACUAUGGCUACGAUCUGAGUGUGUGUGACUGCUCCAACAUGCUCUUCACUCUGGGCGCCCGCGAUGGACAGUACUCUGGCAUUGAGCAUGCAUACGCAGUUACUCUGGCUGGUGUCAAAUAUGUUGCCGACGUUCACAGAUACAAUGCAAGUGGUCUCACACUCAUCUCCACUCACUACUGGCAGCUCUGCAAUGGUCGCCACCGUAUCCUCAACGCAGCCAUGAGUGUUGCUGAGCAUGCCCACCCUCGCCGCCUGGCUGUCAAGGACACUCUGAUUGGAACAAUCUUUGGUCGCAAUGAUGAGGAGUACUUCGUCCAGCCACACGACCACCAGUCAUGUGAGAACCAGUACAAGCAGUUGAAGGAGCGCGCACUCAAGUUGGGCGGUGCCUUUGACACACUGCUCCGUGGAAUGGUCGCUCGUGUCUACGAGCGCAUCUAUGGCCUGGCAUUGGAUGACAUUGUUGGAUUGGAGGAGGUGGACACCAUCGUCAAUAUUGUCGACUGUGUCUGUGUUGACGGUCGCAACGAAGGUAUCGAGUUCCUCUGGGACAUGGCCAUGUUCAUGUGGGGCGACUCUGGCAUCAUGUGGCAUGCAUUCCUUGGCAGUCUACUUGUGACCAAGGAUCGUUUGGUUGGCGAUGACACUGCUGGCUAUGGAUAUGAAGGCAGACCAUGGGAGAAGCAGCAGUAA